UUCCUGCCCACGUGUUUGGGAGGAGCAAAAAAAUCAUAGAAAAUCAUGUCGUCGGCCGUGCAUUCUUUCUUGUUAAAGAUGGCGCGGCUGGUGAGGAGUCCUUCAAAGACGAAAGGCUCUCCUGAAGGCCCCGAGGAAGAGUCAGAGACACCAGUGAGCACCUUGAGCUCUAAUCCUCCUGGAAGUGAUGGAGGUUACUAUGGAGAUGAUGAGCCCAGUUCUUAUGAUGGGGACGUGGAGGUAUUGUUGAUAGAAGAGGAAGGAAGGGGAGGAGUACAGUCAGAUAGGAAUCAAAUAAAUUCAGUGCCAGCAGGAAGCAGCCUCUUUAGAGGAGCCAGUUCACUCUCUACGAAAGCUAAAUUAUUAUUUGGACUUGUCAUAGUGUUUCUCAUAGCAAUGUCUUGGGUUGGGUCGACCCAGACGGGAAAGAGUGCAUUUGGUGGAAACUUUAAAGCUCCUUUCUUUCUCGUCUGGUUUAGUACGGGCUGGAUGAUUAUCAUUUUCCCAGUUUCUAUACCUUUUUAUUUUAUGACGACAUGCAAGUCCCCGUCCCGUUCCUCUUUUGGUGAUCUUUGGAAACAUAGUCGUGAGAUCAUCAAUCCUCCUGGCACUAGUACAGUCACUUUCCUUACGUCCACAAUUCUCUUUACUUUGUUGUGGAUGCCAACUAACUAUCUUUACGCUAGGGCACUCAUCACUAUGGCUCCAACUGAUGUCACUGCACUGUUUUCAACAGCCCCUGCUUUUGUCUUCCUCUUCUCAAUGCUGCUGCUAAGGGAGCCUCCACUAAUACUGAGAUUCUUUGCUGUUGUCUUGGCUGUUGGUGGUAUAGUGCUCUUCUCUUAUGAAGAAGGAUUUGGUUCUGCUAAUGUUGUUGGUAUUAUCCUUUCAGUUGGUAGUGCCAUUGGAGCAGCACUUUAUAAAACAUUAUUGAAACGUCGUGUGAAGGAGGCUAGCCUCUAUCAGAUGAGUCUGUUCUUAACAUCGAUUGGGAUAUUCUCAACUGUAGUAUUCUGGCCUAUAUUGCUUGUGCUUCAUGCCUCAGGUGUAGAAGUCAUUCAUGAUGUUCACUGGGGCUUCAUAUGUGCCCAUGCUGUUAUGGGAGUCAUCUUUAAUUUUGCCAUUAAUUUUGGGAUUGCUUACACAUUCCCUCUCUUUAUAUCACUUGGUACGAUACUGGGAAUCCCAAUUAAUGCCCUCUUUGAUGUCUCAAUUCGUCACGUUGACUUAGCCAACUGGAAGAUCACGGCAAUGGAUCUGAUAGUUGGAGGGUUCCUGUUGAUAUUGGUACCACCGGAUUCCUCUGAAUGGAUACACAGGAGAACUUGUGCUCUGUUUAAAAAUUGUUGCAAUAAACUCACAGGUGCUAGAUAGCAGGUGUCCCAAUAGAGCUGGAGACAUUAAUGAACUAUUUGUGUCAUUGCGUGUAUAUAUUAUACUGAUGAGAUAUUGUAUCUUUAUUUUAUUACCAAUAAAUGUAUGUAAAAUCAUUUAUAAAUUU